UCGGUCCUCCCUCAGCUCUUCGGGGCUGGGCUGCCGUCUGACCUCCUCUCCUGGGCCCCUGCUCCAGCCUCCUGCCCAAGCGAGCUGCGAGCUGCGGGGAGGAGGCCAGGCCGCUCACAUAAGCCUGUGGCGGCGGCCGGGCCAGAGCAGGUGCUCGGCCUGUCCCCCAGCACCAACAGCCGGGAUCUCCCGCUGGAGCCCAGGCCUCGGCCGCCUGGCAUGGAGGCGGCCGCGGGAUCCACACGGAAGGGGGAGGAAUCGAGCCCGGCCGGGGCUGAAGGGCACCCAGCUUCAGCUCAACAAGAGCCCGGCAGCCCCCUUCCCCAGCUCCUGCCCCCUGUCGAAGAGCACCCCAAGAUCUGGCUACCUCGGACCCUGAGGCAGACAUAUAUCCGGAAGGUCGGAGACACUGUGAACCUACUAAUCCCAUUCCAGGGCAAACCCAAACCUCGAGCCACCUGGACACAUGACGGCUAUGCCUUGGAUGCCAGCCGUGUGAGUGUGCGGAAUGGGGAGCAGGACUCCAUCCUCUUCAUCCGAGAAGCCCAACGUGCUGACUCGGGUCGCUACCAGCUCAGUGUGCAGCUGGGAGAGCUGGAGGCCACUGCUACCAUUGACAUCCUGGUUAUCGAGAGGCCAGGCCCUCCUCAGAGUAUCAAGUUGGUGGAUGUUUGGGGCUCCAAUGCUACUCUGGAGUGGACACCUCCCCAAGACACAGGCAACGCAGCACUCCUAGGAUACACCGUACAGAAGGCUGACACAAAAUCUGGGCUAUGGUUCACAGUGCUGGAGCGUUAUCACCACACCAGCUUCACGGUUUCCGACCUCAUCGUGGGCAACUCCUACUCAUUUCGAGUCUUUGCUGAGAACCAGUGUGGCCUCAGUGAGACAGCCCCCAUCACUGCUGACCUUGCCCACAUCCAGAAAGCAGCUACCAUUUCUAAGACUGAGGGGUUUGCACAGCGAGAUUUCUCUGAAGCCCCGAAGUUCACCCAGCCUUUGGCAGACUGCACCACAGUCACUGGCUAUGACACCCAGCUCUUCUGCUGUGUCCGCGCCUCUCCCAAGCCAAAGAUCAUCUGGCUGAAGAACAAGAUGGAUAUUCAAGGCAACCCCAAGUACAGAGCUCUCAGUCACCUGGGAAUCUGCUCUUUGGAAAUCCGCAAGCCUGGUCCCUUUGACGGGGGUAUCUACACCUGCAAGGCAGUUAACCCCCUGGGGGAGGCGUCUGUGGACUGCCGGGUGGAUGUCAAAGGUGAGUGCAGAAUGCAUCCCCUCUCUCCACAGCUGAAAAAUUCAGAGCCAAGCCACAAGCCUGCAUGGAGCCAGGCUUGGCUGGCUCCCCUUGCAGGUGCUCUAGGCACUGUCAUCAUCAGGAUGUAUUUGGGGAGGCGCUUUAAUUAUCCAACAUCUUAUUUAUCUCCCAACAUAAUUCUGUAAUAUAGAACGGCUAGUUCCAUUCAGCAAAGGAGAGACCUGAAGCACUGGAAGCUGAUCGGUUUACCCAAGUUUCCCAAAAUUGAUUGAGGACUUGGCACUGUGGUGGAAAGAGCCCAAGCCUCCUGGCCCUCACUCAGAUUGUCUUGAAAGUAUACAGUCUUUGAUUUAGUCCAGGAAAGCUGCAGCUGUUAGGCUUUUAAACAAACCAGAGGGGCAAGUCCUCUGGUUUGUUAAAAGGGAGAAUUGCACAUCCUCUCUACCCUUUUAAAGUAUUAUUCAUCCGUCCAUUCCUGUCACCUUACUUGAAUCUCCAUCAUUGCAUUUAGCGUAUUGUUAUAUAAGUGCCUAUUUACUGAUCUGUUUCUCCAUUAAACCAAGAGUACUGCGAAGGCAGGGACAGUCUGACUUGCCUUUGUCCCCUCCCCCCAACCCAGUGUCAAGCCCAGUUUCUGACACACAGUGGGCACUCUCCGAGUGUGCAUAGCAUGAAUCAGGAAUGAACGGGCCAUGACAUGCCCUAUUCUUCCCCAUGUGGAGACUCCUAAUUAGCACCACAGACUCUGGAGAAACCUGAGAAGUCUAUCCCUUCCCAGUGCUCCACAAGAAGGCUUCCCAGAGAUUUCUGAGAUGUUAACUCUGAGAAAUGUGUGAAUUCUUGCAGCUCCUCACUGAGGCUCCCCGAGAGGAUUAGGGCAACUCUGACAAAGGUAAGGAAAGAGGGACUGGGGUUCUGAAUGGAGUAUUCCAUGCUUAUGGCUAGUGUUGAGUCUGGGACAGAUAUGUAUUCCUGAGCCUCUCAACCAUGCACUCAUGGGUGACUACUUUUCCUUUUAAACACUUUUUUUGGUAAGUUAAUCCUAUCAUCUUCAAGGAAGGAAUUUACCAUAGACAGUACUACUUUUGUCACAUCCUCUAUCUAUCUGUACUUGAGUUGAUGAUAGGUAUUAAACCUAAUGGUCCUCUGGAAAAGGAGUGAUAGCAUCUACCUAACUGUAAGGAGGUUCCAUGGGAGGGAGGGGGCAGGUGCUAUAAGAAAAGGCAUCAAAGGAACAAUCAGGAGUGGUGGAUGGAUGGGGGUCACCACCAGCAAGUGGCAGCAGCAUGGAAAAAAAAAGACAGAAAGCCGCUCCUGUCAACUAUUUCUACUUCAGUAUCAUGAACGUGGUGAGAAACAGAUUCAUUUGCUUGUUUUUCACUUUGAAGUUUAUGGAUUCCUUCCCUUCUGAGAGAAGAAACCACCAUUACCAUCAUGUCAAUUAUAACAACAUGUGGGUAUGUGGUCCCAUGCAGCACAUACUGGCAAAGGGUAGCUCAGACCAUCAUUUAAAACUGGGUAACUCCUUGAGGUUCUUAAUCACUCACGGUAGAAAUGCUGUGUAUGAACUGAUGAGUAGGGUGAAAAAGCAGCUCGUGGGAGAACCAGGGAGACCUGGUUCCCAAUGUCUCCUUGGAUUUGCAGUUCCUGGCUGAUGAAAAUUGAGGAUGAAUACCAUCCCAGAAGCCAUUUAUUUGAGUCCAUCAUUGAUACACAGCAAAUAAAACCCCUCAGGGAUGCAUUAAAGUACAGCCUUUUCAGGAGAGCUCUCCCUGUCAAGUGGCUUGCAAAGACAGUUCUCGGGCCAUCCCGGGUUCCUUCUCUGUGUUAAUGUCAGUGUUAUGUUGGAGUCAGCCUUGUAAGGGGGACUUGCUCUAUUACCUCUCUCUCAGUCAGCACACAGAAACAAAGCUGGGUAAGUAGAGAACUGACAGCACAGGACCCCAGGACCGUGAAGAGGACUGCCUCAGCAUCGUGGAUGUGUGCUGGUUGUCUGCUUGUUACAGCCACAACAUACCUUUUUUUUUUCUGUGCCUUUAGGAAGCCUGACUGUGGCGAGACUGUGUUCUUAAGGAGCUCCAGCACAGCAUCUGGUUUGGACUAAUCUAAAUAAACGUGUGUGUCUUCAGGGCCUAAGUGUCCAUCUGUUUGAGCCUUUCUAUAUGGGAAAACCAUUUAGAAAGUUGGAAUUCUUUAGCCAGAUGGUACGGGAUCUGCAGACCCUCAGACUCCUCUUUUUCCUUAUACCCACAUUCUCUUCCACAGAGAUUCUAACACUGUCCUUUUGUCUAGAGUCUAUGACAGAGCUGAAUUCAACUCUAUCUAGUGCCUGGUGCUGAAAGAGAUUCUGAACAUGACUUGCUCCCUUCCUCUGCACUUUCCAGUAUAAACUGGAAAACAGGAUGCACAUCUAUCACAGAGACAGAGACAGCAGAACACAGAAACAUGUACAUAGCUAAUCAAAGACAGAGCACUAAGAUUUGAGGGCUGGGAGAUACUAACAAAACUGGCACAGUCUCAUUAAGCCCUGGGGAAAGAAAAAAGGUGAGAUGUCCUUGCUUACAUGUUUGUUUUCAUUCUUAUAAUAGGUAAGAUAUUAAAGGCAUUCUGUGAUGGACUCUUCAAAAGAUAGCAACAAUUCCUCCCAUCCUAGGUAGGAUGGGCAUGGUGCUCAUCAUGGUGCUCCACCAAGAGUUAGAGUCAAUUUCCCUUCCCCUUGAACCUGGGCUGACCAUGUGACGUGCUUUAACUAAAAGAAUAUGGUGGAGGGGAUCCCUCGGUGGCUCAGCGGUUUAGCGCCUGCCUUCGGCCCAGGGCGCAAUCCUGGAGUCGCAGGAUCGAGUCCCACGUCGCGUUCCUUGCAUGGAGCCUGCUUCUCCCUCUG